AUAGUCUUUGAUAUGGACUCACUGUAAUUUAGCAUGGCUUCAUUUUCAUGAUUGUAUGUUAAUGUCUAACAACUAAGUUAGAGAUUAGACAGGAGCAGACAUGCAAUUUGUGAACGUCGAAGCUCAAAGGGAGCUAGCACUGUGACGAAGGGCCGACCAAACGGUCAGAGGUUGAACAACGGCCUAAAGAAGGAGUGCUACGGACCCGUGCUGCAACAAAAUCGCCAAAAGGAGGUAAAGGAUUAGAGCGGGACGGAAAUGGCAUUAGCAGAACAAGUUGCGCUCAAUCAGUUGGAGAUGGACCACGAUACAGUUCGCACGACCGUGUUGCACGUUAACGGACGAAACGUGUCUUGGGCGUCAGACAAUAAAGUGAUUCCGAACAACCUGAUUCCCAUAGCAGUAACGUCAGCGGGAAACAAAAAAAAACAGGCUGGCAAGGAGCUGCUCGAGAAGGCGACUCUUGGCAGUCAAAAGUUACCCCUGUCGGAUCAAUCGGAUCAACCAAAUGGAGGUUUCCGAAAUGCGCUUUCAUCUGCAAUCAGAGUGCUUACAUGCAGAUAUCACGAUGAUAACGAUGACGACGACGAUCUGCUGGAGACCAAAGUGGUGCCUGCAAGUGACCGUUUUCUGCCCGCAGUCAACGAGGUCCUAGCAGAUGGCCGAACAAAAGCGCCGAAAACUGGUGCCUGUGGCGCCACCUGUGACAUUCGCAAUAGUCCAAACCGUAUCCUUAAAGCCGCUGAAAAAGGCAACAUGGCCGAAUUUCAGCGACUGCUUGCAGCUGAUGAGCGGCGACUACAGUUUCGGGAUUCGCGUGGGAGACAGGCCAUCCAUCACGCUGCAGCACAUAACCGAAUCAACAUUCUCGAGUUUAUCCUCAACAGGCCUAACGUGGAUCUCCGCCCAUUAGAUAAUGAAGGCAACACGCCGCUUCAUUCGGCCUGUAUAAACGGGGCAGCUCAAGCCAUUGCAUUUUUCAUCAACAACGAUCCUGAACAGCUGCAAUGCUUCAACAAAGAGCAUCAGAGCCCGCUGCAUGUCGCCACGCAGCUAAACAAAGUAGCUUCCCUCAAAGCGCUUUGCAAUUUUAAGGAUAAGAUCGACGUUGAACAGAGGAGUAAGCACGGAAGAACGGCACUACAUAUCGCGUGCAUCUCGGAUAAUGCUGAAGCAGCACUCGUACUCCUGCGUGACUUCGCGGCGUCGCCGAAAACCACUUGCGACAAUGGCUUCUACCCUAUACAUGAGGCGGCGAAAAACGCGUCCGCCAACGCAAUGCGAGUUCUACUGGAGUUCUGCGAGUCGAUUGGGAUCCCCCGAGCGGACAUGAUGAAGCUUUUCGAUGCCGAUGGCAAUGUUCCCCUACACUCAGCGGUACACGCAGGCGAUCUGAAAGCUGUCGAGCUCUGCUUAGAAUCCGGUGCUCUGAUCUCAACACAACAACAUGACCUGUCUACCCCAGUGCAUUUGGCCUGCUCGCAGGGAGCCAUCGACAUCGUCAAACUUAUGUUCAGAUGUCAGCCCGACCAGAAAAUGGGCUGUCUUACGUGCGCGGAUGCUCAAAACAUGACGCCAUUGCAUUGCGCUGCCAUGUUCGAUCAUGUAGAACUCGUAAAUUUUUUGGUAGAUGAGGGAGCGUCUUUGAAUGCUACAGAUAAGGAAGGUCGAUCUGUUGUGCUGCUUGCAGCCGCCAGGAGCGCGUGGAAAACUGUAACAAGUGUCCUAAAGCUUGGGGCAGACUUGGGUCUUCAACGCGACAAUCAGGGCCGGAAUUUACUGCACCAUAUCGUGUUGAGUAGUGGUUCUAUCGAAGAGUUCACCACAAGCAUUAACGACAGACUUGAGGAUUUCAUCCAGUUACUUAAUGAGAGGGACUCGUAUGGUUGUACAGCACUACACUACGCCGCGCGUAACGGCCAACUAAAAAGUAUUCAAUCUCUAAUAGCCUUAGGAGCUUCUGUCAACCUGAAAAAUAAUGAAAACCAAUCACCUCUACACUUCGCAGCGAUGUUCGGACGCUUCAACACGGUUCGUCAUCUACUCGACAGUAAAAAGGGUCAUCUCAUCAUUAACGAGAUGGACGGGAUGGGAAAGACGCCACUUCACCUUGCUUCGCAAUGCGGACACGUGCGCGUCGUACAUCUACUGCUUGUAAAAGGUGCUCUUCUGCAUCGAGACCACAAGGGUCGUACGCCACUCCAUUAUGCCUCAAUGAACGGUUAUAACAAUACAAUGGAUCAGUUACUUGCUGUACACUCGCAUUUGCUGGACCAAACGGAUCGAGAUGGGAAUACAGCCCUCCAUAUGGCAGCGAUGAAAAACCGCUCAAGUACUGCAAUCAAUCUACUCAACUUAAAUUGCAAAAUAAUAAAAAACGGUCUCGAUAUGACCCCUAUGGACUACGCCCUCCAUUACAAACAUUCUGAGGUCGCUAUGGCUAUGGUGAUUCAUCCGUCAAGGAGCGACGAAGUAAUGACGUGUCAGGUGAAAACCUACAGCUGUCUCGUUGAAGGAUUGAUUGCAGUGAUGCCUGAAGUCAUGACGACGGUUCUCGAUAGAGGCAUUUCGAAGUCCAAGAUGAGCCACGAUUCCGACGAAUAUUUUGUAAAAUACAGUUUCACAUGUCUCCAAAAUUCGGAAGGGGCAGAUGUGGUCCCUAUGACAGAUGAACCCUUACCCGUUAUGAACAUUAUGGUGCGCUAUGGCCGCGAAGAGCUGCUGUCCCAUCCGUUAAGCGUCAAAUAUCUCGAAACAAAAUGGAAUGCGUACGGAAUAUAUUUCCAUAUAUUAAAUCUGAUGGUUUAUACAGUUUUUCUGUGUUUCCUCACUCUAAACGCGGUGCAACUAAUGCAGGACAACAAAAAAAGGCAUCAGGGAAUAUCUAGUUUCGAGGUUGCUGAUGCGUUCGUUCGGCCUUCGCUUGCGACCCUGUCAUCGAUGACAUCUGUGGUCGUAUUAUCAUUCGUCCUAGUUAACGUUGUCAAGGAAGCCUUUCAGUUAAUACAACAGCGAACAAAAUAUUUUGUGGAUGUAAUGAACAUACUCGAAUGGACUCUCUAUUUGGCAGCCGGUUUAAUGGCCCUCUCACAGCUGACUCGAAUAGAGGAAAAAUCAUACCAGAACAUCGUUGCAGCGGUAGCAGUUUUUCUAGCUUGGUUCAACUAUCUACUAUUUCUACAAAGGUUCAACCGAGUGGGCCUCUAUGUUGUGAUGUUCCUUGAAAUUUUAUCGACGCUCCUGCGCGUCGUUAUGGUAUUUUCGGUCUUGAUCAUCGCGUUUGGCUUAUCAUUCCACAUCCUAUUGGCUCGCGUUGACCUUACCGUUCAGCAGCCUAUCUUCGACCAUAGAACAGGAAACGUUACGUUCAAGCCGAUUAGUCUUGGUGACAAAGGCUUCCAUACGCCGCUUGUGUCGCUGAUCCGAGUGGGCACAAUGAUGCUAGGCGAACUGGACUUCUUGGGCACAUAUCUGCGCCCCUUACGAAAUUUAGAAAACUCAACAUGGUAUCAAAUUGUAGCGGCUACCCUAUUCUUGGUGGCCUUUAUCAUCCUGAUGCCUAUUCUCCUCAUGAAUCUCUUGAUAGGUUUGGCCGUCGGUGACAUUGAGACGGUUCGUCGAAAUGCACAACUAAAACGGUUAACGAUGCAGGUUCGUCUGCAUACUGAUCUUGAGAGAAAACUACCGAAAAGAAUUCUCGAUAGCGUCGACCGAACCGAGGUGUCUAUUCAUCCAAAUCAAAAAGGAACUGGGAACAUUUUCUGGCGCACCAUCAAACGCUGGUUCGGAAGCCCACGAAACAACGGCAACGGAGUCCAAAGCAGAAACAGUAAAAACCUUCACAAGUCGUUUACGCAGUUCAUCGAAAGCAACAUCAAUGACAUCCACCAACAACUGGGCCGGCAGAAAGAUAAGAUUCGUGAGAUCAGCCGAAAUAUGGAGAUGCAAGUCACGCUGCUUCGUUUACUCGUGUCGAAAAUGGAAAUAAAAUCCGAGGCAGAAGAAUUAGACGAAGGAGAAUUCAAUAGCGCUAGUUUAGCUAGAGACACUGCAGAGCAGGUCGAUGGAGACAGUGCUACUGAUAUAAAGUAGACCUUUGGCUAUUCAUCGCUGAGUACUUGGCCUAUGGAGCGUUGGAUUGCUAUAGAGAUGGCAGAAGGCAUACCAUCCAAAACCAUGGCUGAAAGGUCCACGUAGCAAAAUAAUAAGCCUAGUUCUAUUAGGAAGUCAGACAAUCUUCCGUGUUGAAGUUACUGCUUCGCCAUAUGGAAUACGAAUGUACGAUAGACAUGCUGCAACUGACCUUAUAACUGCAUAAUCAAAAUUAAUGGGGUUAUUUUUUUCGUAGUAUACAGCGCGAAUUAACCCCGUCUUUUUCGAUGUACAUAAAGAUGCUGCACUAUCCCGAUGUAUUUUUGACGGAGUUUUUCUAAAAAAAAAACCCCUUUCAGCGUUCUCGGCUCUAAACUGAAAACAAUAUUGAAGAAGCUGUAAUGAGUAAUUCCAACUUUCUGUGCUACUGCGCAAAAAAAUGCUUCGAACUUCUUGGAACUUUUUGCAAAAUAUGGGAAACUUGGAGGCUACCUUCAUUCCCUGAAAUAAAGUAUGAACAGUUGUAAUGCAUCCCA